AUGGUCAACGCUGGCAUUGCACUUGUGGCUCUGGCCGGGCCAGCCUUUGCAGGCAUUCUGCCAAACAAGGGAUUUGACGAGGGUCAUUCUAGUGAUUUCGGUCAUCCUAGUCCCAUUGACUCUGAGCCUCAGCGGUUUACCAAGACGAGAACUUUCUUGACCACAACCUGCCCAGUUACUCAUUCGACAGUCACUUCUGGCACCAAGACUUUGACUGUUCCUAUCACUCUGACUCAGACAAUCACCGUGACUACCACUACCGUUGAGUUGAACAACGAAAGCCCAGUGGUCGUGCCCAGUGGAAGUGGAACUGUGUCUGUGUCCACCCAGUCUCUGGUUCCGACUUCUGUUCCCACUCAAAACGUGACUACUAUUUCGCCGCCUCCAUUGACAACAGGUGUCCCCGGCCAGAACACUACUAUCAGCCCACCGCCCCAGACCGCUCCUUUCGCCAACAGUACUGUUCCAUCUGUUCCCACUGUUGUUCCCACUCAGCCGGUUCCUGUUGCCCCUGGACAGUCUUCUGUUCCUGCUCAGUCUUCUGUUCCUGUUCAGUCUUCUGUUCCUGCUCAGCCUUCUGUUCCUGGCCAGUCUUCUGUUCCUGGCCAGCCUUCGGUUCCCAGCCAGCCUUCUGUUCCCGCUCAGCCUUCUGUUCCUGCUCAGCCCUCUCCCUCUGUUCCUGCUCAGCCUUCUGUUCCUGCUCAGCCCCCCGCUCCAGGCCAGCCUACUCCUGUCUCACCGGUGCCGCCAACCCAGACUCCUUUCAGAGGCUCUGCUUCCCAGUUCGAGCCCGCCGCCGGUCUCCUGGCUGGUGUCGUGGGUAUCAUGCUCAUGCUUUAA